AUGCGGGCGGUGGGCGAGGCGCUGCGCGAGUGCCCGUGUACCGAGAAAGACUGGGAGAGCGUGGGGGCGAUGGAGAGUGCGCAAGGCGAAGGCGAAAGUGAUGCGUGGGAAAGCGAGAAGAUUUGGCUUCAUAAGAUGUCACGCAUCGCGUUCUACGACUCGCAACCGCUGAGCGAGACGAACGCGUGGCCGUUCGCUUCGAGAACGAAGAAGGACGCUACAAAGUCGACGGUGGCGCUCUUCAAGGCGAGCGUCUCGGCUUUCAUCGCAGCGAAAAAUACGCAGCGACUUGCGGAAGUGGACUGGAAAUUACAAGAAAAUAAAUUAAUCAACAGUUGGAAAGAAUUGCUUAUGACCCACACGCCUCGUCCGGGAGGCUUGGCAGACGUGUCGUGCGAGUUCAACGUGCACGUCACAGCGCUCGAGCAAGAGUUGGCGAAGAGACAAAAUGAAGGUGAUAAAUCGGAUGAAUUUGGACGGCGCAUCAAACACAUCAAAAUCAUGAUACAGGUGUUGCAAAGCAUAAAGGCGAGCUUCCAGUACUGCGCCACGGCGCUUUAUGACACCGUGUUCGCGCCUCUGAGAGCUUUUUCUUCGGCGUCCAUUACGAGUGAAAAUUUCGAAUCCGGCGUGGAGUUCGUCUCAUGGGCCAGUCGCUCGGUGAUGAUCGCAUCCGAACUGUGCCAAACGAAAGAUUCAUAUCACGUUCGAAUGACGCGAUACACCAAACACGAGUUUUUGAAUUGGUCACGAAAACUUUUGGACUUCUUCUACCACCACCUAUCGUCCGUGAGAGGUUCGCACAUUGUCGAAACACUCGGGUCAGGUAGUGAUUGUGCAGAAUUAAUGCAGCUCAUCAAGUGCUUACCCACCAUGCGUCUGACGCUACCGUGCAAAGGGACUAGCCGGCGUGCCACCUAUCUUUCGGACACAAGAUUUUCGGACAAAUUUCAACGAAAGCUGACACGAUUCGCUCUCACGGUGAUCGGUGCUGCAAAGUCUCAACUUUCGCAGCACACACAAACGCACAAAUUAGGCAAAUUUCUGUUCCCGGAGUGGAUCGAGCAUCUCGUCGAUACCAUCGAGCACAAUAAGAGUUACACAGUGAAAGAGCUAGCCCGGGAGAUUCUUCUCUCGUUGGAUAUUGCCAACUUGCUCGCAACUCGUGUAGAAGUGCUCAGCGUAAAAUCUCUCAUAAAAUUGUCUGACGAUGAAUUGUCUGUCGACGACGAAUUGUCUGUCGACUACGAUGACGACGUAAAAGAGCUCAAAGAGUUGUUAUCAUGGCUUCGCUCAAUAUUAAGCGUGCAUCCAUCCAAGUUGAGGAACGUGGCUGACUUGGCGAAGGACUUGAUUUCCGUCUUUGGAUUCUGUCGCCUCCGACGCGAAACACAUGGUGACAAAGUUCAAAAAAGUGGGCAUGAUCAUAGUUUAGAGUCGGACAUAUGCAGUAUCUUUGCGUGCCUCGCCGUCAGUCGCGAUCACGACCUUGACGAUGAAGAGAAGCUCAAAUCUUGUCCGUGUGAGAUGGUCAAGUUGAGAUCUGAAGACGCGAGAAAAAUGAUUCAGCAAUUGGUGAUGCAUGAAGAUCAUCUCGACGAUGUCGAGGCGGUGAUUUUGAAUAUGCUAACGCUGGAUCGAACGAGCAUGUCAGCGAGCGAUACAACCAUCCCUUCCGCUUUGGCCGCGCUGACUAUGUUGGUCCGAAAAAAUUGUGUCCUCAGGGAGCGAUUUUUCAAAUCGGGCGACACCACCAACACGUUGUUGGAGAUUCUUGAGUGCAAGAAUGCGAACGUAGCGCGCAUCACCAGCGCUUGCAUUCUGUCAUUCGAAGAGCAUCAUCGGCUCGUGACUAGUUUGUACAAACCGAACGUGAUCACCGAUAAAAAAGGCGAGCAAGUGACUGAAAUAUCUGGUUGGGACGUUGACACGAUUCGUCAGUCGCUCAGAGCCAUCUCUGCGCUCGUCAAAGACUCUACCGUGUCUUCAAUCGGUUUCGAUAGCGCCAUUUUGGAAGUCAUCUGCACUGAUAGGCGAAUGCUUGUUCUUACGAACAAGAUCAAGGCGACGAUAGAAAAGAAGAUUAACAAGAGUAUGGAUUAUCCCAACUCCCGGCUCUGCUUCCCAGAAGCUCUGCUUGAAGAAUGGGUGUUCGAUCUACUCUGCAUGAGAAGCGAUCUUCUCACUCAAAUGGCCACUGCGGUCACAAACGGCGGCGGUGACCCGUGGAAAAACUUCAAGCCUAAACAUGAAGAGUUCGCGAGUUUCAUCAGUCGUGAGUUUGAAGUCGCGAACACCGACGCGACGAUACCACCGGAGGCGCACGCAGAAUGGUUUCAAGAGGUCGUGACAUUGGUGACAACUGUGCAAGAAAAACUCAAGAAAGACGAGGAAAUCUCCGACGUCUGCAGUAUUUUGAUGGAUGGAGACACCGAUGGUCCAUCUUCCCGUGUUGGUAUCGUAGUCCCCAUCUUAACUCUGUUACACAAAUGUCGCAUCUUGCAGGAGCACAAUUUGAUUUCCGAGCUAGAAGUCGAGGGCAUCAGCGAUAUUGAAAAAGAAGCGUGUUACGUCAUCGGCUUAUUAGCGAGUAAGCAAGGAAUUCAAGAUCGUAUCGCAAGCUCUUUCCUUAUCGAAGGCAAGAACGGAAUCGAGCAAUUAAUUCCGCUCUUGCAACGAUACCAACCCAGUGCGAAAAACGCCGCGAAUGCCAGUGUUGCGAGACGCGCAUCGGAUGCAAUCACAAACUUAGCACACGAGAACAGUCGCAUUAAAACGAUGGUUCGAAAUGCGAAUGGCAUCCCUCCUCUGGUCAAUCUAUUGGAAUCGCAAGAGAAAAAAGUCCAGAAGGCUGCCGCUAGUGCGCUCAGAACUCUGGCUUUCAAAAAUGGUGAAAAUAAAAACCAAAUUGUCGAGUGUGGCGCACUUCCGAAGCUCAUUUUCAUGGCUCGUUCAGAGGACGUAAUGAUUCACAAAGAAGCAAUUGGUGUGAUUGGAAACUUGGUUCACUCUUCGCCGCACAUCAAACGACGCGCCCUCGACGAAGGAGCGCUGCAACCCGUGAUUGAAUUGCUCAAGUCUCAGUGUUCCGAAACGCAGCGUGAGGCGGCGUUAUUGCUUGGUCAGUUUGCCGCGCGCCUUGAGCCUGCAGCGCCGGGUGAUCCAGACUAUCGGACAAAAAUAGUCCAGCGUGGAGCUGUAGAGCCGUUGAUUAAAAUGCUCGGCGGUCAAUUUGUCUAUCGUGAACCUGGUCUUCGAGAGAUGGCAGCCUUUGCCCUCGGUCGACUUGCGCAACACGGGGAUAAUCAAGUCGGAAUCUGCCAUUCGGAUGGAUUACGGCCGUUGUUGACGUUACUCGAAUCAGAGAUAGAAGAUAUCGCCGAAGGACUUCGUCAUCAUAGCGCUUCCGGGAAGUCUGAUCACGAGAUCGAUCUAGACGCCAAGCGCUUUGCUGAAAAUUUGCAGCACAACGCUGCGUUUGCACUCUAUGGCCUAGCCGCGCAUCAAGACAACGUGCCAAAGAUGCUCAAAGAGAACGCCUUCAUGCGGUUGAAAUUUUCUCAUCUCAUCGCCGAACAGAGCAAACAAUGUGUGAAUAAAACGUUAAAGCGGCUCGAGGACGGAGUCAGCCGCAGAGAUGUCUUGACUUAUCUCGGUUUCGUCAUAAGCACUGGCAAGCCAGUCGAACGUCAAAGAGUAACGCUCGCUCUGGCUUGGCUAAUCAGGAAAGAAAACCAAGACUAUCUGAAAGACAUGCGCGCGGUUUUCAUAGACAAAGGUGGUCUUGACGUCCUUUCUGGCGCUUUACUUGAUACGCCGGCGGAGCCCAUAGACUUUUCUGGGCAUACGAGUGGUCUCGCCGGUGGCAAACGCAUUGUAAACGUGAUAAUGGAGGCUCUGAGAGAGAUUAAGGACAAGCUGGUGUCACAGGUUGUGGUGGAAUCUCACAUGAUGCCGCCACCCUCGACGCCAACGGCCGAGGAGCAUAUGCCAGCGAACUUCAAUGACCCCGAGCUUUCAGACGUGACGUUUAUUGCUCGGGAUGAUGAAGGUGAAAAGCGAGAGUUCAAUGCGCAUAGAAUCGCUUUUACGCACGCCUCUGAUGCGUUCUUAUCAACGCUCGAAGCGGGUAAAGCUGAUGUCGACGUUUAUCCCGCCACAUACAAGGUUGACCUCGAAGACGUUUGUUGGAACGUGCUUGAGGCGAUGAUGGAUUUCAUUUACACGGGCACUGUCGGACCGAUGUCCAGCCUCCGAGACCAGGCGUUUCUCCAGCAUAGAUGCGAGGACGUACUCUCCGCCACGACACGCUUCGACCUUCCCGGGCUCAAGUAUUUGACCGAAAAACUUUUCAUCGAUAACGUGAAAAUGGAUACUUUCACAUUCGCGAGAACGUGUGCAUUGUAUCGCGCCGCCGUGGAGCACGACGCCGUGGCGAUCCAGGACCACGUGCUGGGCUAUGUUCUCGACAACUACGACAAACCUUGGAUUGACGACGAUGUCACGAUGAAUUGUCUCACUUCAUACAAAGCGCGCGUGAAAGACAUCGUCGAAUGCUUCGGGAAAGGCUUGGUGAAAUACCUUGACAAACUGUUGCGCCGAGAGCGCGUCGCCGUCGUCGCGGACGCGCAAGACGAAUGA